UACUGGACUGAUACAGUAGUGAUGAUGCUGUGGUAAAAACAGGAAAGUUAUCUAUAAGUUUCGAAAAUGGAAAUAGUUGUUUGAUACAGGGAUAACUGUUCUAUAUGACCUAAGGUACUAGACACUGGGUAUCAAAAAAACGCUGAAGCAAGAAGUAUUUAGAUCAUAUCCUGAACAUGAAAGAAUUCGGAAUGGAUCAGAGGUUUCCCACACAUUUACUGCUGCUUAUACUCGGUCUCACUGUAUUUUCCAUGGCUCAACAAGAUGCAAUUCAAUGUGUAAAGGAAGAUGAACUUCUUGAAGGUAAACACGAAUGUUCAGGCAACUGGAUCUGCCCAUCAAAUGUAAGUUGUCACCAAACCACGUGUCGCUGCAAAAAAGGAUACUACCCAUGUCAGAAGAAGAAUGCCAGAUAUUGUAGAGAUUUAAAUGAAUGUAACAAGAAUCAUGGAUGUGGAAAAGGAGCAACUUGUAAGAAUACACUUGGGAGCUAUUAUUGUGAAUGUGACAAGCAAAACUCCACUAAGUUCUGCCCUAAUAAAAAUACAGAAAAUUAUUGUGAAGCUGAAGUUCUUCCACCUCAGACAACGACAUCCCCACCAGACAGCAAAGUGAAGGAUAAAUGUGAUUUUAAUAGUUCAGAGUUAAAGGAGAAGGAGAAAUGUGAUAGAAUGAACCCACCAGAUGCCAUCUGUUCGCUGCUGCAGACCGCAUUUGCUAGGUUCAAUUCUUCCUGUCAUUCAAACACCAAUGUGACCAAAGAGGAAGCCAAAGAACAACUUCAACAGGUCACAAAACACCUCAGUGAUAAACUUGAUGAACUUGAUAAAACUUAUAUCGAUUCCACCGAGAACAGAACAGAAAUUGGUCAAAUUGCUACAAACAUCCUAAACUUUGUGGAGACAAUUAUGCUGAAGUCUUUUAUUGACACCCCAAGAAAUCAAAUCGUCAUCACACCAAAGCUUAGUGUCUCUAUGAAAGCUUCCCAUAACAUCUGUACUUCUGGUGUCUUGUUCUUUAGCCUGACCGUAAAUGACAGUCUUAUGGAAUUUCCAUGUCCACAGGGAGACACAGGUCCAUCAGAUGGUGCCGUUUUUAUUGUCUACCAAGACUUUGAAUCCACCUUUAAUGAAGUCUCAGAAGAUUAUGAAAUCAAUACAAGGGUGGUGACUGGUGCCAUUACACGCAAUCUAACUUCACAGGUGACAUUCACCCUUGCUCAUAUUCAGACAUUUCAAAAUUCUAAAGUUCCAACAUGUGUGUUCUGGGAUCCUAAAAAGAAUGACUGGAGCACUGAUGGAUGUACCACUGAAUAUUCCAAAUCUAAUGACACACACACCACCUGCUCCUGUAACCAUUUAUCCAGCUUUGCGGUAAUCAUAGCACCAUUUGGACAUGAGGACAAUCUUGGUCUUACAAUUGUGUCACAAAUUGGCUUAAGUUUAUCUGUUGUCUGCCUGGUACUGUCUCUUCUCACAUUAAACCUCUGUCGCUCUUUGAGGAGCGCUCACACAUCUGUCUUGACAACUAUGUGCAGUUGCCUUUUCCUGGGACAAGUUCUGUUUUUGGUUGGACUUCAUCAAACAAGCUGCAGGGUCCUUUGCUCUAUUAUUGCUGGUGGUCUCCACUUCCUAUUCCUCUGUGCAUUCUGCUGGAUGUCUAUAGAGAGUGUUCUAUUGUUUAUGACUGUCCGUAACCUUAGAGCUGUGAAUUAUUUGACUUCUCGGCGGUCAAAUUUCCCAGUGAUGUGUUUGCUGGGGUUUGGGGUUCCAAGUGUCAUUGUUGGGAUCUCUGCAGCAAUACAGCCCGAUGGCUAUGGCACAGAUAACUAUUGUUGGCUCAAACCCAAGUCUACAAUUUGGAGUUUCCUUGGUCCAGUAGCAGUGAUCGUCAUUACAAACACAACACUCUUAGUCUUUACUGUUCUACUCCUCAGGAUCAAGCUUGCAAAUCUGAACACAAAUGUAUCCACCCUGAAAAAUAAUAGGAUACUGACAUUCAAAGCCUUGGCUCAAUUAUUUAUUCUUGGCUGUACUUGGGGUAUUGGUUUCUUCCAGUUCCAUGGAAGUGGUUCCCUGGUUAUAGCUUAUAUUUUCAUAAUAUGUAAUAGUCUACAGGGUGUCUACAUCUUCCUUGUACAUUGUAUUUUCAACAACCAGGUGAGACAAGAAUACAGAAAACUGUUCCGCAAAGCUUGGAAACGUGACAAACAGUCAUCGGAUGAGGCCACCCCUCACACCGGCAGUAGAACGAUAAAUUUAACUGAAAUUACUAAACCUGCGAUCUGUGAACAGAGCUCUGAGGCUGAGAGUAAAGUGAAUUGGCAAUAGCUUGGAUGGAUGAGGGAGGAGAAGCUGCUGUGAAGUGAAGACAGCAUUUGAUCUGUACCUAUCAACCGUUAUCUCUUUCUAUGACAGUUUUAUUUUUUACAUGCCCUCACAAUGUUUUUCUAAUAUUGUAUAAUAAAAGCAAUCUAUACAGUGAAACCUCUUGAGAAGACCACACCCACCGAUUU